GCGGCCCGGGACAGCUUCGUCCGCCGUGAGGGCUGGAGCUAGUGCUGCGGCCCGGCCCCGGGUGGUUCCGGUGUCGGGCAUUGGGCGCCCAGUCGGAACCCGGCUGAGCUCGGGUUUUGUUUUGUAAGGUUUUUUUCCCCACAAACGGUGUGAGCGAGGCAGUAAAUUAGCCCGCUUGUCCCGCCCCACACAGCGAGUCAGUUUAGCAAUCUGGAGUUUGAUCCCGCUCCUGUGCUUGGACCCUGCCUGCAGAGUAACGGUUCCCUGCAUGGAGUUUAUUACUGUGUGUGGGUUUCAGUAUCAUGCUUCGAAACACUGGAGUAGUGGCACCCAUCCCUCUAACUGGGGGGAGGGAGCUAAGGAGGACACAAAAGGACUGGGCACGUCUGACAGGCUAACGGGGAAUAACUCUUCUGGCAUAAGAAGGCGUGUGCCAGUUGCACUUCCCCGUGUUAAGCGACAGACCAUUUAAGGGAAAUAGUGGGAGUACACAGCAGAAUUGGAAAUAACUGGAGCAGUAGAAGCCAAACACACAGACCAAAACUAAUUGGCCAGGAGAGACCCAGCUCUGUUGGAAAGUGGAAUACAUAGGUGUUUGAGGAACUGAAAAGGAUAUUAACUGCAGCCUGGGAGCUGGCAUAUAAUCUGGAUUAUUUCCUUUUAAAAUAAGAAGAAAAAUGCCUUCCCUGGGUGGUAAAGUGCAGACCGUGUUGGGCCUGGUGGAGCCAAGUCAGCUUGGCUGCACCAUGACCCAUGAACACCUGACAAUGAACUACAGCUGCUGUUACGUCCCACCUUCUUCAGACCAAGAAGCUUUGUCUGAUGGGCCCAUUGAGAUGAAGAACUUGUUUUGGAUUAAACAGAAUCCCUACAGCCAUAAAGAGAACCUUCUUCUGUGUCAGGAAACAGAUGCUGUAAAGGAAGAGCUAUUGCAUUAUAAGGCAGCAGGUGGUGGGACUGUAGUGGAAAACACAACCACGGGUAUUGGCCGAGAUGUAAAGACUUUAAAGAAGCUUGCUGAGGAAACCGAGGUGCACAUUAUUGCUGGGGCUGGGUUUUAUGUGCAUGCCACUCAUUCUUCCAAGACACAAGCUAUGUCAGUGGAGCAGCUUACAGAUAUUAUCGUCAAUGAGAUACUCAGUGGAGCUGAUGGAACCAACAUCAAGUGUGGUGUUGUAGGAGAAAUUGGCUGCUCGUGGCCUCUGACUGAGAGUGAAAACAAAAUACUGCAGGCAACAGCGCAUGCUCAGUCACAGCUGGGCUGCCCCAUUAUAAUCCAUCCUGGCAGGAAUAGUGAUGCCCCUUUCCAGAUUAUUCGCAUUCUGCAGGAGACUGGGGCAGAUAUCUCAAAAACAGUCAUGUCUCACCUUGACAGGACUAUAUUUGAUGAGAAGAAACUGCUGGAGUUUGCUAAACUUGGAUGCUACUUAGAGUAUGACCUCUUUGGUACAGAAUUGCUUCAUUACCACUUCCAUCCCGAAAUUGAUAUGCCAAGUGACAAUGAAAGAAUUGCAAGGAUCCGGAUGUUAAUUGAUGAAGGCUAUGAAGACAGAAUUGUAAUUGCUCACGAUAUGCACACUAAGAAUCGAUUGAUGAAAUAUGGAGGUCAUGGAUAUUCACAUAUCCUCAAAAACAUUGUUCCUAAAAUGCUAAUAAGAGGCAUACCCCAAAAUAUAAUUGAUAAGAUAUUGAUCGAGAACCCAAAACAGUGGCUGACUUUUAAAUAGAGCUCAUGAUUAGAUAUUCACAUCUUGUAUGUGAAGCUUGCUGAGAAAAAGUCAGAUUUGCUUCAAUAGAGUGGUCAUUUUAAAGCUAGGUUCUUUUGAGGAAAACGUGUGUGAUGUUCAUAAGACCCCCAAAGAGCAGAUAAUCACUUCCCUUUUUAAUUAGAACAAAAAAUGUUGCGUAUUAUCUCUCCAUCUGAUUACCUCUAAUAAUCUGGUCCUGAAUGAGUUAUUUGUUUUGAGCACAACUACAGAAUCUUUCCAAGUAAAUAUUGAAAUAUCUGCUUCCAAAGAGCAGAUUUCAUACUACGGUUAGUUAUCAUUCAGGAUUGUAAUUUUUUUAAAGAUGCAUCAGCUUAACUGAAGAAAUUUAAAAUGUUUUCAGUUAAAUGGCCCCCCUCUGGAGCAAUUUGAUGUUCCUUGUAAUAUUGAUGAUCCUGUUAAUUAUCCUGCUGUUCUUUAAUUAAUGCUUGAAAAAGAAUAUGGCAUUUUUAAGUAGCUACUGCAGAAAACAGAAUAACAGAAGGAAGACAACGUGAUUUCAAAAAAGGUACUGUAUCUCUCUUGAUUAACAACUUGUAGAGAUUAUUUUUAAAUGAAAAUGUAAAAGAAUACAUGGAAAAUUUAUUUUUAAUAAAGCAAUUUGUAGACCACUACCAACUUUGUUUUAGAAGUCCUUUUUUUUUAAUUAUGUUAAAUUUUGAUUUGAACUUUUAGAAACUUGCAAGUGAAAAUAUGAAAUGUCAUGCAAAUCAGCUUGAUGUUGAAAAGAUGAAAAUCCACAGGUCCAAGUAUAUUACAUAAUACAAUUUAAUGAGUUGUUACAAUUAUAACAAAGGCCAUCAUUUAAUCAGUUUACAAAUCAGUUUGUCAAGAUAUGAUUCAAAAAAGAAAUGUUUGCCUUAUAUAUGUUUUUCAUUUAAAUAUUUGUUCUUUCCUCUAGACCAAAACAGGGGUAAAUAUUUAUUUAUCCAAAGAAAAGAUUGUGUGUUAGCAAUGGCAAUCUCAUUUCAACAGCUUAUUCUUUCAGGUGUCCAGCUUUUGAUGUCUUGUGGUAAUGAACUAUUCCUGGUCACUUCUUGGUGAAUGUGCAUUGCUAGUUAUAAAUUAUUUUUUGCUUGAAACCUACAUGAGAAAUCUCCAAGGCUUUGCUGCCAACCACUCUGUAGCGGUGGUCCUCUGCAAUAAAAGCAAUUGUGAUAUGAGUAGAUGUGAAAUCAACUAUGUGUCCAUUAUAAAAUAUAUUGCAUAUAAUCAGUACACCCCAUGAAUUUGGGUUGUUGCCUUUUUCACAAGGAGAGUAGUAAUGUUUAACCAAAUUGAUGUGAUAUAAUGAGGGAACAGAAAAAAAAAGGCAGUUAUGAAGCACAACUCUCCCUCUUGAGAACCAAGAUAUGUUACAUAUCAGAUUCUCUUAUUGAGCAUAGACUGAUGGCACAUCAUGUCUUUUUAAUUGAAUAGCUGUCCAAAGGAGGAACAGACCAGACGAAUGAUAUGGUCUGUGUAAGAAAUGCCUUAAUCAUAUAAAUAAAUGCUUUUUAGGGGGAUUUUUCUAUCUUUAAAAUCUCUAUCUUAAAGUUAUCAAAAAAAUCAAAGGGGAAAAUAUUUUUCUUUAAUUAUGGCAGAUAUUUUACACUUUAGUAUAUGACAAAUCUCAGUUUGUCCCCUUCCCUUGGUAGAUUAGAGAAGGUUGCAUGUGGCAGAUUAUGCAAAACAGAAAACUAGGUCUGGCCUCUCACUACUUCAUAGCAAUUUAUACAAAUAGUAUUUUUAUUCUGCCGUGAAUGUAACCUAAGAUCUAUACUGCAUCAGCAUUACAACAGGACGCUCUGUAAUUAUUUUGACCCUGCUGUAAAGGUUCUGUUAUGUAUUCCUGCUAUAAUUUUGCUUUAGACUUAAACUUGCAAGUAUCAACAUGGGAGCAAUUAAAAAGACAAAAACAUAAUUUCUAAAUAAAAUUCCUUUUUAUAGAGGUAUUACUGAUAUUGCUGCUAUUACUGAUUGUAAAAGACUUUUGUAGAACUAUAACUGAAAAGCAUGUUUUUACAAUGUAAUUCUUCAGACCAUUAGUCUGUUAUACUGAGUAAGCCUUUUUGAGAUAAAGAGAUAUAUAUAGAUAUAUAUAAGAAAAAUAGGUUUUAAUACAGUUUUUUGCAUUUGAAAAUCUGUUUCUCUCUUUGCAUAACUGGUUUUCAUAUUUGGUAAUAUGCUUAUCUGUUAAUUUCAGUCACACCAUAGUACAAAUGAAUGCAAUACCUUGUAACAGGUACUGUGUGAUGGCAUCAUUACAUGGAGCCCAAAUCCCAAUCUCAUGCAAGUAUCCACACUGACAUCAGCAAGACUGGUUGCAUAAAUAAGCAGAGCAGGAUUUUGGCCAGUGGUUUUCUCACAAUGUUCUAUGUAAUGACUCCAGUUGACUCUUUGUAGUAUGUCAAGUCAUAAAUAAUCUUUUGUUAAACAAAAGUGUAACUACAGAUUUACACUGAAGACUAAUUGCAGCAAAAAAAUUAAUCUGGCCUGGCC